AUGGGGUCUGGACAGAGCAGUGACAAAUUGCACUUCAACCGCUACUUGAAUGGACAGGGUCCUCCACCACUGGUACAACAAGGUCCUUUACACACCUGCAAACCUAUUCUAUGACUGAAUGGCUGCCAGCCAGAGGGCCAGAUGACCUGGGUGAUCCUCCACAGAGACCUGCCAGGAUUCCCUGAUGACAAUACCCUGCAGAUCAACUACAUAUUCCCAGGUGGAAUACAGACAGAGAAACACCCUCACCCUGGGCAGCCUUAUGCAGGGCUGCGUCUCUGUGCUUACCUGCCUGACAACCGUGACGGAAGGAGGGUUCUAAAGCUUCUGGAUAAGGCUUUCAACCAGCAGCUACUGUUUAUUGUUACCACCAAUAAAGAUGGAGAGGACAUGGUCACUACAGCUUCCAUCCCCCUAAAAACACAACCAGACGCAGGGAGCGGAAUUGAUGGCUACCCAGAUUCUGACUACCUGAAGACUGUUAGAAUGCUACUGAGGGAUAAAGGCAUUGAAUAACACGCC